AUGCCUCCACCCAAAGGAAGUGGUCAGCGAGGUGGUUGGCGAACCUCUCAAAAACAGCAGCGAGAACUGGACGCGAAAAUGCACCAAACACUUCGCACCCUUAUGUUCGCGGCAUAUGAACGAGAGGAAGCGGAGCGGCAAGGUAAUCAGAAUGAUGCGCACAUAGUGAAAGAUGAAGAUGAACUGGCGGAUGAGUGUGAUCUGGACCUGGAACCGCGUUUGGAAAUGAAGCCUGUUAGACAUCCGGUGCCAGUGGAACCUGAACCUCAACCAGAAGCUGACCGCAUAGCUGCCUCUGAGCCGUCUCUGCAGCCUACAGCGCAACAAAAAGGAGACUUGUUGGACGACGGCUAUCAGAAUGAAGGACUGUUUGAUGACGAGGAGCUUUUCGACAUGCCUGAAGAGAAGGUCCAG